CUCACUCAUCAGCAGGUAGGUGUUCGCGCUUCUUAUCCACAGAGCAAGGAAGAGGGCUAGUGAUCACCAGCAGUCUAUCAACGAGUUUGUUUUUAGCAGAUCAGAGAGGCAAUCUCAGCUGAAAUGGAAGGGCAAGAAAAUCACAACCAACCCAACAUGUCAUCAGAGAUGAGACAAAUGGCCGCUCAAUUUGAGUCUUUAGUCCAAGUUGACAGUUCAUCAGGUGACCAUGGAGGAAGCCAUUUUGACUCUGGAUUUGACACCACAGUGGACACCAGUGCAGACUCCCUACCAACUUUUGAUUCCAUCCAAAGUGCUGACCAACUUGACACCAACUCAAGAGACAACCAAGUAGGGGGCUCUGGAGCGGUCCAUGAUAGUGAGCUCCACAGAGCCAGCCAGCCAGCCAGGGAUUCCUCCUUGGUUGACAUGCGGGGGUCUUUUCCUGACCAGACCAGCUCAGGUGAUGGCCAGGGCAGCUCAUCAUAUGCAGCAGAGAACUUCAUUCUCGACAAGUCCCAAGAAGACACCCAGUUAGCCAACUUCCUACAAGACGAGCCCAGCACUGAGCUCACCAACUCGCCUGAGGUGAUUCAACGUGACCUUGAAAGAGAUCAGAAACCUUCACCACAAGGGGUGAGGUAUGGCAAACCAAGUGAUCUGAUUGCUUGUGCCAAAAGUCUGGAUAAAAGAAAUACUUCUGGGCAGGAUGGUGUCCUGCUGGACCAGAAUAAGUUUCACAUCAAUCAGGAUAGUUAUAGAGAAGACAAGGAGUAUGAUAAACUGGGCCUACUAGGGGAAGGGUCGUAUGGCAACGUCAACAUCAUCAGAGACAAAAUGACCAAGAUGGAUGCUGUGGCCAAAUGUGUCGAACUCGAAAAUUUUGCACCUAGCGAGGCAGAGAAUUGGUGCAACCUCACUACAGUCAACUCACCUUUCAUAGUGCCACUGCUCGGUCUGGUCCGGAAUGAGAUGACGGUGAUGUUAUUUUCAGAAUACACUCCUGGCUUGAGGGAUCUGGAGGCAAUAAUUGAAUACUUCCGUAAAGAGCCAAGACAAGUGAUGGUUCUGACCAUGGAGCUAUUUCGAGCUUUAGUGUGUUUACAUGAGAAUAAGAUUGUGCACAAGGAUAUACAUGAAAACAACAUCCUGGUUAGCCAAAGCCUUGACCACAUAUUCCUCAAGAUGAAGGUGAUCGAUUUUGGUGAAUCCAAGAAAUUUGAAGACAUUCAAGAUGAUGUUGACGAACAUUACGAUGUGUGGUGUGCCAUUCACAUCUUCAUUCGCAUGCUUGGGGGGCAUCCAUCAUCACUGGAUUAUGAAAGAAGGAUUUCUCAAGAAGUGAGGCUACCACCCAAAACUGAUGAGAGAAUACUUAAGUUCAGUCACUGGGUCAUCAACAGUCGACCCAAAGCAGAGGAAGUUCUGAGCAGUAUGGAAGAGCUUGAGAGUGAGCUCUACUCUGUUCCUGUGACGGGGCCGCCAGGGGGAAACUAUGAACCAUCCGUAAACGUAAAUGGUGUGUGAAAGAUUUACAGGAGGUUAUACCAUGAUAUGGCACCUGCAUCUUCAGUCCUCUGUCAAGAAAACCGACUGUUGGUUUGUAUGAAAGCCUAAACUCAAUAUUUAUGACAUCAUCCGUGUGGCUUCCAGUACAUGUACUACAUCGGUUUGCACAAAAGAACCGAUGGCAUAUCAGGGGAAGAUUCCCCCCCAUGGGAACUCUUCCCCCCCUCCCCCCAAAAAACUGUAGUGUAUUGAUAGGCAUUAAUUUAGUGUGAACAAAGAGCUCUUGAAAGAGCCAUCCAUCAUGAAAACUCUGUGGUACCCCCUUCCCAGAAGAGUAUAGCUCUGCCACUGACAACGACUGCCUAAUUGUUUAAGAUUUAUGCAAGCCUACCUUAUCUUUUCUGUGGUGAUUAUUGUUGAGUAAAUAUAUAACGAAAACCAAGCAAGCAGAUCUUUCUAGAAAUGUUUUCGGUGCACAAACUGUGGGUUCACAAUUUGAACAAAAAUCCUAUGCAUGGAAUCUUGUCUUCCCUGGAUGACUUCACAGCAACAGUGCCUUCAGUUGUUCAGGAGUACAGGGCAAUAUUUGAUGUUUUUAAAAAAGUGUAGUUUUCAAUACAUUUAAACUAUUAAAGGGAUGUCAAAUGAAUGUCAGUCAAGAAAAGUAUGAAGUUGUAGAAAAACUGUAUCUGAGAAAAUUUUAUUUCCACUGCCUUUAAGUGUGCCUGCAUGGGAUAAAUGUCCUUGAAAGGUUGUACCAUCACAAAAAUUCAAUCCUUGGCGCUGCCAAACCUAACUAUAAUUCUAUCAUGAACUUUCAAGUUUGUUUUCAAUACGGGACCCAUCAUUUUGUUGGAUAGGUCACAAAGGUCGCCAUAUUCUGUGCCUUAAUUUUAUAUGGAUGAGCAUUCCAUUAUGUAUUCAAAGAUUUUAAAAUGAGUUUUAGUGUUACAGGUUUUAUGAACUCAUGUCAAGUGAUUUGAAUGCCUUUUAAUGUACACGGGAUGCAUUACAUCAAGGACAGUUUCCUACAUCCCAUCUAUUUUGCCAAGUCUACGACUGCUUUAAAGAUGCGAAUAAAAUGAUGUGCUGGUCAGCAUGCUUCAUGUCCCAUGUGGUUCAGUGCAUGCUGGCCGAAGUACUUAGCCUUAAAGUUUUUAACUUCUAUUUUUUAACUUCAGUAUAAGCAACUGGCACAUGCGAAAAUAAAUAUUUUCUCCAAGUCUAACUGAA